AUGAUAGCUCCCACUGCGACAAAUAACUGUACAAUUCCAAAAGGAAGCAUGGGAUGGCCUGUUAUUGGAGAGACACUUGAAUUUAUUGCAUGUGGUUAUGCUUCUAGGCCUUUAAGCUUCUUGAAAAAACGGCAGUUGAUGUAUGGGAAGGUAUUCAAGUCUCAUAUAUUGGGGAUACCAAUCAUUAUCUCCACAGAUGCUGAGGUGAAUAAGGUGGUGUUGCAAAAUGAUGGUAGAACUUUCAUCCCAUUUUACCCCAAGUCUAUCAUGGAGUUGCUAGGCAAGUCUUCCAUACUAAAAACGAAUGGAGACCUUCACAAGAGAUUGCAUGGACUUGUUGGUGGUUUUCUGAAAUCACCUUCAUUAAAGGAGCACAUCACAAAAGACAUUGAGAAAUCUGUGAUGCAAUCUCUUGUGAAUUGGAAGUACAAGCAGUGCAUAUAUAUCCAAGAUGAAACCAAAGAGGUCACAUUUGAAGUGUUAGUUAGAAUCUUAUUAGGAAUCGGACCAGGCGAAGAGAUGUGGUUACUGAAGAGGGAGUUCAGAGAAUUUAUUAAAGGCCUUAUAUGUUUACCUAUUAAACUCCCAGGAACAAGGCUAUACAAGUCAUUAAAGGCCAAGGAGAGAAUGUUGAAGCUGAUAAAGAAGAUCAUAGAAAGUAAGAUGCGGAGCAGCGAACAUCGAGCAAUCACAGAUGUGGCUGUUGUACUUUUAAAAGAAAUGAAUGACACAACUGACCUACAAAGGCUGACCAUAGACUCUAUAUGUGGGAACAUUAUAGAGAUGAUGAUACCAGGAGAAGAUACUGUGCCCACACUAAUGACUCUUGCCAUUAAGUACCUUAGUGACUCCCCUUCUGCUUUGAAGCUGUUACUGGAAGAGAACAUAAAACUAAAGAGAGAGAAAAUGACUUCAGGCAAAUGUUAUGCUUGGACUGAUUAUAUGUCAUUGCCCUUUACUCAACAUGUUAUUAGCGAAUCUCUCAGGAUGGGAAAUAUCAUCAAUGCGAUUUGGAGGAAAACUCUUGAAGAUGUCAAAAUCAAGUCGUAUUUAAUUCCUAAAGGAUGGUGUGUGCUAGCAUCCCUCACCUCCAUUCACUUGGAUGAAGAAAAUUAUGAGAAACCACUUGAAUUUGAUCCUUGGAGAUGGCAGAGAGAAGGAAGUAGCCAAAGCACCUUUACUCCCUUUGGAGGUGGGCAGAGGCUCUGUCCAGGUAUGGAGCUUUCAAGGUUGGAAGUCAGCAUUUUUCUUCAUCACUUUGUCACCACUUUCAGUUGGGUAGCUGAGGAAGACACCAUCAUCACCUUUCCAACAGUCAAGAUGAAGAAGAGACUGCCCAUCACUCUGUCACCCAUUGCUACCUACUAA